AUGGAGGAAAAUAUUAAGUUAAAACCUUCCGAAAAUCAUUUGGAUGAACUUGUCUUGGGUGAAUCGGAUGAAGAUAAUAUUGAAAAUACUUGGGGAUAUGAGCUUGUUGGGUAUUUUGCUAGUAGGUUUCCGGGGAAAGUGGCCUUACUCCAAUUGUGUGAUUCGUGGAAGGUUAAUUACAAAUACUUUGUGCACUCGAGCGGGUGGUUGGUCUUCAAAUUUGAGACGGACUUGGAAAGACUAAGUGUGUUGCAUGGUGGUCCCUACUUUGUAUAUGGAAGACCAUUAAUGUUAAAAGUCAUGCCCCGUUACUUUGAUUUUGAUGAUAAGGAUGUUAGCACUAUGCCGGUAUGGAUCAACUUGUCGGGAUUGCCAUUGGAGUUUUGGAACACGAAUGCUUUGAGUAAAAUUGUCUCCAAAGUUGGUAAACCCAUAUCGACCGAUAAGGUCAUGGCAAGUAGAGGUAGACUAUCAUAUGCAAGAGCACUAAUUGAAGUUGGUGCAUCUAUUGAGCUUGUGCGGGUGGAAAAGAUAAGGCUUCCUAAUGGCAUUUUGAGGGAGCAAGAAAUUAUAUUUGAGCAUGAACCAAAAUUUUGCGGUUCUUGUAAAGUGUUUGGGCAUUCCACUCUCGGUUGCAAUUACAAUAAACAUGCCAUGGCUGACAAGGGGAAGCUUGUAAAUGGUGAGACAUCAAAAGCCUCCAUGCCGGCUGCACUAGAAAAGAACGUCCAUGCUGGGAAGUUGUGUACAAAUUCAAAUUUGCAGCUAUCUUCAGACAAGACAGCAUCAAAAUCUCAUGAGAAUUCAGCCGGAAAAAAUGGACAGCAAGAUAGGGAAUUAAAUGUCCAGCAGGGGCAGUCCCUCAAUCAGAAUUUUUCACAGGUUGUAGAUGGCCAGCAAGGGCAGAUUCAUGACCAGACAGUUUCCCCUUUUGUUAAGGUAGUUAACAGGAAAAAUGGAAAAAAUUCAGCACGUAUUACUCCUUCUCAAGUGUCGGCAGAUGAAGGCUGUCAAAGGGAAGAUUUGGGGGCAGAUUCUACAUCAAAUGUUAGAUGGGCAGAUUCUAAUAAGUCUAGCAAUGAAAUGCUCAAAGGAAAGGUCAAUGAGCAAAGGAAAAUGGGAACUAAAAUUGACAAGAAGGGAACUUCCCUCGCUUCAAAAUCAUGA